AUGGGUGACUGGAGUGCCUUAGGCAAACUCCUUGAUAAGGUCCAAGCCUACUCCACUGCUGGAGGGAAGGUGUGGCUGUCUGUUCUCUUCAUUUUUCGAAUCCUGCUACUGGGGACAGCAGUUGAAUCAGCUUGGGGUGAUGAGCAGUCCGCCUUUCGUUGUAACACCCAACAACCUGGCUGUGAAAACGUCUGCUACGACAAGUCUUUCCCAAUCUCUCAUGUGCGCUUCUGGGUCCUGCAGAUCAUAUUCGUGUCCGUACCCACACUCUUGUACCUGGCUCAUGUGUUCUAUGUGAUGAGAAAAGAAGAGAAACUGAACAAGAAGGAGGAGGAGCUCAAAGUUGUCCAAACUGAUGGGGCAAACGUGGAGAUGCACUUGAAGCAGAUCGAAAUAAAGAAGUUCAAGUAUGGCAUUGAGGAGCACGGUAAAGUGAAGAUUCGAGGAGGGCUGCUGAGAACCUACAUCAUCAAUAUCCUCUUCAAGUCUGUCUUCGAGGUGGCCUUCUUGCUGAUCCAGUGGUACAUCUAUGGAUUCAGCUUGAGUGCUGUCUACACUUGCAAAAGAGACCCCUGCCCACAUCAAGUGGACUGCUUCCUCUCUCGCCCCACAGAGAAAACCAUCUUCAUCAUCUUCAUGCUGGUGGUGUCCUUGGUGUCUCUUGCCUUGAAUAUCAUCGAACUCUUCUAUGUCUUUUUCAAGGGCGUUAAGGAUCGUGUGAAGGGAAGGAGUGAUCCUUACCACGCUACCACUGGCCCACUGAGCCCCUCAAAAGACUGUGGAUCUCCAAAAUAUGCGUAUUUCAAUGGCUGCUCUUCACCAACCGCUCCCCUGUCACCUAUGUCUCCUCCUGGGUACAAGCUGGUUACUGGUGACAGAAACAAUUCUUCAUGCCGUAAUUAUAACAAGCAAGCAAGUGAGCAAAACUGGGCUAAUUACAACAAGCAUUUAUCUUAA